AUGUCGUCCCUCAUGUCGCGAAAAGCCGGUCGCGCCGAACCAGCAAAACCAAGGUUUGCGCGACCCAAUCCCGUCAGAGCCAUGCGCGAGCGCGAAGAGCGUCGCCAAGCUGCUGCCGCCGCCGCCCAGAAGGGCCAGUCUGCGUCCGCGGCCAACAAGCAGGGUGCCGUCGCCCCCCCUGCCCGCCAGCAGUGUCCCAACAAGGCCUGUCCCAAGCCCAAUGUCGUCGACGGUACCUGCCAGACCUGUGGUCGUGUUGCCGAUGACAGCAACAUUGUCGCCGAAGUCCAGUUUGGCGAAACGUCCUCGGGUGCCGCCAUGGUCCAGGGUUCCUAUAUUGGUGCCGACCAGGCUGGUGUCCGUAGCAUGGGCCCUGCCUUUCGACGAGUCGGUGGCUCCGAAGACAGGGAAAAGAGCAUCAGGGAAGCCCGUGGCUUGAUGCAGGGUUAUGCUCAGCAGCUCAACGUUUCCGAUAGUCUGGUGGCCGCUGGCACGCAAGUCUUCAAGCUCGCAUCAGGUGCCAACUUUAUUCAGGGCCGCACGCUCGCCAGUGUUGCUGCCGUCUGUCUAUACGCUGCCUGCCGAGCCGAGCCGCCAUGCAAGGUCAUGCUCAUCGAUCUGGCUGAUUUGGUACAGCUCAACGUCUUCAAGCUCGGUAGAAUCUUCAAGAAGCUCAAUGAAGUCGUACCGAUCGGCAACGAUGGCCUGAUUCCCGUAUAUCCCGAGGAUCUGAUCUGGAGAUUUGCGACCAAGAUGGAGUUUCGCCAGGAGACUGCCAAGGUCGCCGAAGAUGCUGUGCGCCUCGUCAAGCGCAUGAGCCGAGACUGGAUGGUCAUGGGACGACGACCCUCGGGCAUCUGCGGUGCCUGCCUGCUCAUGGCCGCGCGUAUGCACAACUUUCGCCGCACCGUCCGCGAGGUCGUCUACAUUGUCAAAGUCACCAACCACACGAUCCAGAACCGACUGCAGGAAUUCAAUUUUACAGAGUCGAGUCAAAUGUCGGUGGAAGACUUUUUGAAGCAGGAUUUUCUGGAAAGUUCACACGAUCCACCAUCAUUCUACAGAAAAACCGACGAAUACAGAGCACAGCAAGAAGGGAAAGCCAACAAGCGAAAGCGAAACGAAGCCUCAGGCGAUGACCAGGAUGAGCCCGCUGCACCACCGCCUGGACCCGUUGUUAGGACGCGGCGAGGCACAGAUGCUGGUGCGGACCUUUCCAGCGCGCCUCAGUUGAAGUUUCGUCGCGAUGCCGACGGCUUCAUUAUCCCGCUCCAUCCUUCGCAGAUUCCCAAAGAUAUGCCUCCAGUCCCCGUUCAGGAAGAAGCGCCCGAGGCGACUGAGGGAGACGACGACUUGCAAAAAUUAGCCACUGAAUUCGGCGACGCUCUCGACGAAGAAAUGGAGCAAGAAGAGGGCGCUGCAUCUGGCAAGGAGAAGAAGAAAAAGGCCCAGCUCCCCAUCAACGAGGAAUGGGAGCAAGACGAGCAAGAUCUCGAAGGUCAAAUCGAAGAAAUCUUCAACGAUCCGCUGACCUACGAACACGCUCUCGCCUACUCCAACGCCGAACAGCGCGCACGAAUCCACUCGUCAUGGGCUCUGCAACAACGUCCCCAGAAGGAAGUCUCCAUGUCUGUCGAGAUUGAUGAAGAUGAGUUUGCCAAUGAUCCGGAAGUACGCAACUGCCUGCUCUCACCCGAGGAAGCACAGAUCAAGGAGAUGAUUUGGGUCAACCAGAACAAGGAAUGGCUGCGCCAGCACCAAGAAAAGGUCUUUCGCCGCAAAAUGGAGGCGGAGCGGCCCAAGCAAACGCGUCGACGCAGGAAGCGCGCGCGCAUCGGCGAGGGCCAGACCAGUCCGGCUAGCUCAGCGGCAGAGGCCGCCGUCAGCGUGGCCAAGGACCGCGCGUGGUCGAAGCGCAUCAACUAUGAUGCUAUCCGAAGCAUCUUUGAUGUGCCUGAUGUUGGCGGCCUGGGCUCUGCGGCUACGAGUCGCAAGACGAGUCUCGCAGGUAGCACACUCGGUGGCGACGACGACGAGGCGCCUGAAGAUAGUGACGCGGGCGACGACGAGGCGCAAGAUGAGGAUGCAGAGGGGGCCCAUCAAGAAGACUAUGAAGGAUUUGCCGAGGACGAUGAUAAUCCUGAUUUGGAUGAAGAGUACGGCCUACAUGACGACUAA